GAGCAAUGACUUCUUUGCCCAGAUCAUGCCUCGCAGCAGCAUACUUUGUGGAAAUCAUACAGCAGAUGAAAGCACAACUUUCAGUGAAGCUGGACAGCAAGUGUUGAUGGAUCUACAGAUAGCAACACCAAAAAUUACUGGCUUCUAUGCAGCUACCAAGACACAAGUGGCUGGUGGUGCAAUCUAUGCCAUUGCACAAUGUGCAGAAACUCUCACACAAGAUAGUUGUUUGGAUUGCUUGUCAGUUGAACAUAGCAGCAUACAAGGUUGUCUUCCCAAAACAAAUGGUAGGGCAUUCGAUGCUGGGUGCUUUAUGAGAUACUCGGAGACACCCUUCUUUGCUGAUAACCAAACCAUUGAUAUCAACCCCUUCUUAAAACAAGGAGGAAGUCCAAGCAAGAAGUGGGCAAUUUUUGGUGGUGGUGUUGGAGGUGCAGUCCUUGUUGUGACCCUUCUUUCAUUAUUUCUCCGGUGGCGUAGAAGAUCCCAAAGUCCCAAGAGAGCUCCUAGAGGUAACAUAUUGGGAGCAACUGAGUUGAAAGCUGCAACCAAGUACAAGUAUAGUGACUUGAAAGUUGCAACAAAAAUUUUUAGUGAGAAAAAUAAGCUAGGAGAAGGAGGCUUUGGCGCUGUAUACAAGGGGACAAUGAAAAAUGGGAAAGUUGUUGCAGUCAAAAAGUUAAUUUCAGGAAAAUCCAACAAGAUAGAUGACGAUUUUGAAAGUGAAGUAAUGCUUAUAAGUAAUGUUCACCACAGAAAUCUGGUUCAACUUCUUGGUUGUUGUAGUAAAGGCCAAGACAGAAUUCUUGUUUACGAAUACAUGGCAAACAACAGCCUUGACAAAUUCUUAUUUGGUAAAAGAAAAGGUUCACUCAACUGGAGACAACGCUUAGAUAUAAUUUUGGGCACAGCAAGGGGAUUGGCCUAUCUACAUGAGGAAUUUCAUGUGUCUAUCAUACAUAGAGAUAUUAAGAGUGGGAAUAUCCUCUUGGAUGAACAACUUCAGCCUAAAAUUUCUGAUUUUGGGUUGGUGAAGCUCCUUCCAGGGGACCAAUCUCAUCUUAGCACAAGAUUUGCAGGGACAAUGGGAUACACAGCACCUGAGUAUGCACUUCACGGUCAAUUAUCAGAAAAGGCUGAUACAUACAGCUAUGGAAUUGUAGUGCUAGAAAUCAUUAGUGGUCAAAAGAAUAUUGAUGUGAAGGUUGUUGAUGAUGAUGAUGGUGAGGAUGAAUACCUUCUUCGACAAGCAUGGAAGUUGUAUGAGAGAGGCAUGCACUUGGAUUUAGUGGACAAAAGCUUAGACCCUAAUAACUAUGAUGCAGAAGAAGUGAAGAAAGUUAUAGACAUUGCUUUGUUGUGCACUCAAGCAUCGGCUGCAAUGAGGCCAACCAUGUCUAAAGUAGUAGUUCUACUUAGUAGCAAUUACUUUGUUGAGCAUAUGAAACCUUCAAUGCCUAUCUUUAUUGAGUCGAAUUUGAGGUCCCAUAGAGAUAUCUCUGCUUGAACUGGUUCCUCUAUGACUAAUGCUACUACCUCCAAUUCUAUAGUACCUGCUCGAUGAUUAAGUAUGGAUGUAAAAGAGAAUUUUUGUCCAAUUCAUUAUUACCUCCAUUCCUAUAUAUAAGAAACA